AAAAUGUUAGAGUCAAUAAAAUUAAAUUGCGAUGGAUAUCGUAUUGAUAAGAUUAAAUAUAAUAAUGAAGAACUAAUAUAGUUUAGUGCAGGAAUGAACAAUGAAUAUCUAGUUAAAGACUUCUAAAUAAAGGGGGAAUAUUUAAGAUAGGUAAUCAGAUCUCUAAAUGAUUAAACUUAUUUUUUGAGAUUGCCCAAAGGUCGUAGUUUAGAGAAAUUUGUUGAAGAAAACUAUCUUAUAUCAGAAAAGAUCAUAAAAAAUAUUUUAAUUUAAAUUCUUGAAGCUUUAGUAACGUUAUACAAAAAUAAAAUUUUGGGUAGAUGCUUUAGUAUAGAGAAUGUAUUUUGGGAUGGAUCCAAUAUAACAAUGAUGCAUUUUGGUUUUUAUCCAGAAAUUUGGUAAGUAUAAAAGAAUUAUGAUCAUAGAUUAGACACUCUAUUAUUAGGAUAAAUAGCUUAUUCUCUGAUUACAUGUUAAAAAAUAGUUAAAGAAAAUUAUUAAGAAGUUUUGAUAUGUUCUCCAGUAUCAGAAGCACUAAAGGAGAUAACUAGAAAAAUGUUGGAUUUGGAAAGUUAAAGGAUAGAACUUUAAAAUGUUGCCAAGUUUUUUAAACAAUAACUAUCUGAAGAAACUUAUCAAUUUUAUUUGAUUGAUUAUCCAAAAAUAUGUGAGUAGAUUGAUUAAAUUAUCAAUAAGAGAGAAAAGGAAACAAGCUAUUUAAUAGAUAUAAUUCCAAAUUAAAUAUCCCAAGAAGAGAAGGAUUAAUAGAACUUUAUUAAUAAUCUUAUAUUUUUUAAUAAAAAUAAAAAUGAAGAUUAAUGUAUUUGGGAAAUACUUCAUAAUGAAAUUUAUAGAAUUUAUUUGUUGACUAAUUUAAAAUAGAUUAUUUAGGAUAAAUAUUCAUAAUAAGAGGGUUUGGUAUAUAUAGAUUAGCUUUAAUUUAUUGUUGAUAAGACAAUCUGUAUUGUUAAAAGUUAUUUUUAAUAAUUUUUGUUAAAUAAAUUUAAGAAUGAUCAUAAAUCUUUUAUAGAAAAAUCAACAUCGUAUAACACUUUAAAAAAAGUUUUAAAAGAUAAUUUAAUGAUGGAGAAAUAAUUUUUAACAAUAGAAACUAUUAAAAACUAAAAAAAGAAAAAAUAAACUGAUGAACACUUUAAUUUAGAAUUUUUUGAGUCUGAUUUUAAUGAUAUAAAAUUAACUUUUCGAAAGUAUGUUAUAGAUGUUUAUCGUUAUUUUGAAAAAAAUGCAGAAAUCAGUAAAAAUCCAAAAAAGAAAUUGGAACUAGUUUAAAAUUAAUUGAGAGUACUCUUGGCCUUGAUUUUGAAUUAAGUAAUAAUUAAUAAGGAACUUCACUUUAAAACUGUUAAGAGGGUUGUUGGUAGUGACAUUUUUAAACCUAUUGAUUUGGAAGUCAAAUUUUUUAAGGUGGCUAGCAUAGAAUAGAUUUAAGAGCAAAUUUAAGAAAUUCAUGAUUUAUAUUUUUCAUCAUGA